GUGGAGUCAGAGGGAGGUCACCUGAGAUGCACAGAGAGGCAGAGGGAACGCCGGACCCAGUGGAGGGAGAAGCCCCUCCAUAUCUGACCCCAGAUCCGGCAAGGGACAGGGUCCCUCCCCUGUCUCACCGCCAUCUGUCCUGCUGCCUUCCCGCCAGGUGGGGGCAAAGAGGAGCCAUGUUCCUGAGCCCAGGUGAGGGGCCAGCGGCGGAGGGUGGGGGGCCAGGGCCCGGAGAGGAGGCCCCCAAGAAGAAGCACCGGAGGAACCGCACAACCUUUACCACCUACCAGCUGCACCAGCUGGAGCGGGCGUUCGAGGCCUCCCACUACCCGGAUGUUUACAGCCGUGAGGAGCUGGCAGCCAAGGUGCACCUGCCCGAGGUGCGUGUGCAGGUGUGGUUCCAGAACCGCCGGGCCAAGUGGCGCCGCCAGGAGCGUCUGGAGUCAGGCUCCGGGGCCAUGGCAGCCCCAAGACUCCCCGAGGCCCCAACACUGCCCUUUGCCCGCCCUCCCACCAUGCCACUGUCCUUGGAGCCCUGGCUGGGCCCAGGGCCCCCAGCUGUGCCCACCCUCCCACGCCUCCUGGGCUCAGGCCCAGGGUUGCAGGGCUCCUUUGGGCCCCAUGCCUUCAGUCCAGCCUUCAUGGACGGCUUCACCCUGGAGGAGGGUUCCCUGCGGCUGCUGGCCAAGGAGCACGUGCAGGCUCUGGACAGGGCCUGGCCGUCAGCCUGAGCCUGUUGUCUGCCCAGCCCCUCCUGCUCAGCCUGUCCAUGGCCACCCACACCAAGUCCCCCACCCACCACCACCUACUUACCCUGCCUUGCAGGGUUAACUGGCACCUGACUUAAAGGUGGCAGCCAGAGGUGCCCAGCCAGGGUGGGGGUCCCUGGCCUGGUCUCCAGGGAGCUGGUGCCCUCUUGGGGCUUCAGUCUCCCCAUCAGUCAAAUGGGCGUGUGUGGGGUGGAUUCUGAGGUUCUUAAGACUCUAAGGCUGUAACCAGGAGCCACAGGGAUGUUAAUUCUGAGUUGAUGGUUCUAAAUCCUUCUGCCUGCUCCUAAUCUUUCAACAGCAGGGCCGCCCUGAGAGAUAACAAGUAACAGCUGCAGCAGUUCACAUUCAACUGCCCCCUUUGACUGUGUGCUUCCAGCAUGCCCAUCACUUUACCCCAAGGUGGCAUGGCCAUCAGCCCCAUGUUACAGGGGAAGAAACUGAGGCCCAGAGAGGGAUAGCCAGUUUCCUGAAGCCACAGAGCCAGUAGGGGGUGGAGCUCUUUUUAAGCUCACUGCCUGACUCCAUCACCCCAGGCACCUAGGACCCAGGCUGGGCGCUAACAGGGCACUCCCAGGUAGAAGCAGCUGACACUGGGUGAACAGUUGAUCUUUGCUCCCCCGUUAUCAGAGUGUGGCUUGUCUCCCCAUCAACCACAGCCCCCAUCACAUCUCCCAGCCCACUGAGACGGGGCUGGGGCCCUGGUAGCAAGACAAGCAUUUGUUGUAUCCUACCACGUCCCCCCAGGGUUCAC